AUGGCUGGGACGUAUUACUUUGUGAUUGUAGGCCACUCUGAUAAUCCGAUUUUUGAAAUGGACUUUAUUCCAGUGACUAAGGAAGUUAAGAAAGAGGACAAUAGACAUCUCAAUCAAUUCAUUGCUCACGCAGCACUCGAUUUAGUCGAUGAACAUAUGUGGAAAGGCACAAGUACCUAUCUUAAAUCUGUAGAUAAGUUCAAUCAGUGGUUUGUGUCUGCAUUUGUCACAGCUAGUCAGAUGCGUUUUAUAAUGGUGCAUGAUUCAAGAAAUGAAGAUGGAAUAAAAAAUUUCUUCACUGAUGUAUAUGAAGCGUACAUAAAACUUAUGUUGAACCCAUUUUACAAAGAAGAUACUGCUAUUACAUUUCCAGCAUUUGAGAAGAGGGUUCAAUUGCUUGGUAAGAAGUAUCUUACAUAG